UUUAAGAAUGGAGUGGCAGUGCCUGGCCCAUUAGCGCCCAUUGAGUGUUGUCUGUUACUACCAUGUGUCAGGCACUGGAUACCACAGGCAGGAUACUGGGCCCUGGGCUCGGGGAGCUGGGGGUGAGUUCACAAUUACAAACCAAGGUGCUAUGGCAGCCUGGCUUGAAAUGAUUAAUAGCACGAGAAGGAAGCUUCGAAACACACUGUGUGCCUGCCCCAUAUUGGGAAUGCUUAUUGAACAAAUGAAAGAGCAGAGAGUUUACAGGUGGUUCUGCCUUGCCCACUCUGGGAUUUGUUCCGGCAGACAGUUAGUGAGGCCCUCUCUUGAAUUCGGGAGAAAGACCAGAUGGGAUGAUCUUGACACUGUCCUCUUUCUCCCUCCUGAUGGCCAACCCUGGUGACAAAUGGGGGUUUUAGGUUAGAAUCAAUAGGCAUCCCUAGGGAGAGAAAACAUUGGCACUAGAGUUUUCACUCUGGUCUUGACUUUGACUUUGGAUGGAUGUAUCAAUGUGUGUGAGGUGCAUUUGUGUGUGUUUUGGGAGAGAGGAACAGUGGAUUUCAUCAAUUUCUCAAGAAUCUAAGCCUGCCAAAAUGGUUAACCCUGGCUUAGCAGUGGAUGUUCUCUGAAAGAAAAAUAUUUGGCUUGGUUCUAAUGCUCUGUGUCUCCACACACUGGAUUUACUAAAUGUGUUUGCACAUUGCUGUGCAAGAGUAGUGUUUUGUUUGAAGUGUCUGCCUUUAUUUUCCCUGCCAAACUGCCCAGUGGCACCAUGCCCGCUGCUGGCCUGCCUGUGGUUGCCAUGUUUCAGGGCUUCUCAUGUGGUUGUGCAGUCACUGUCAUUAUUUUAACUGACUUCUGUGGUGUGUGUAAGGAGAAGGGCCUGGAAGGCAGGCACAGAUGGGACAGCCUCUGUUCUGAGUUGACAUAAAUUCAUGUCCUUACUGAACUUGGGUCUGGCUGCUUUUGGAACCCAGCCAGUGUCAAGUUCUAACCCAUGACAGGGUCCUCUGGGAGUAGCAUGAACUCAGGAGAAAUCUGGCUGCUUUCCUCAUCCCUUUCCUUCCUGCAUGCAUACAAACUGUUCCAAGGAACGGGAGAAGUUCCAGGCAGAGCCAGACUCAGCUAUUCCUUCUUUGGAGAGCGAGCCAGGGACCCUGGACUCAUCUCCUGGCCUCUUCGUCUGCUGGCCUCAUCUCCACCCAGCCCUGCGGUCUUCCGCCGCAUUCUCCUCCCAGCCGCCCUCUACAGCUAGGGCCUCCGCCCUCCCUCUUGCCUGGAAGUCUUGCCCCCGCCCCCUUCCCCCACUGAGGCCCUAGCUCCAACUCUGGGCUCUUCCCUUGUCCCAGCCCCGCCCAUUCAGACACACUCGCUAGGCAAGGCUCUUCAGAUUCUCCCCCACCCACUCUGGGUCCAAGCUGGCAGAGAUGGACCAUCCAAAACCCAAGAUCCUCCCAGGCAGGCACCGCUGCCCCUCCCUAGGAAUGCGGUCCUCCGAGGUCAGCAGCCCGAGGCUCUCAGCGCCACCCUCUGUCAGCAGGAACCCGGCCAUGGUGGAUGAACCCAGAGGGAACGGCGGCCCCACGCCCCGCUUGGAGGGCAGCAGUAGCAGUGACAGCUCUAGUUCGAGGUGUUCCACACCGGGGCUGGACCCCGAGCGGCAUGAGAGGCUCAGGGAGAAGAUGAGACGGAGGAUAGAAUCUGGCGACAAGUGGUUCUCCCUAGAAUUCUUCCCUCCUCGAACUGCUGAGGGAGCUGUCAAUCUCAUCUCGAGGUUUGACCGGAUGGGGGCAGGCGGUCCCCUCUUCAUAGAUGUGACCUGGCACCCGGCAGGGGACCCUGGCUCAGACAAAGAGACCUCCUCCAUGAUGAUCGCCAGCACUGCUGUCAACUACUGUGGCCUGGAGACCGUGCUGCACAUGACCUGCUGCCGUCAGAGUCAGGAGGAUAUCACUGGCUACCUGCACAAGGCCAAGCGGCUGGGCCUGAAGAACAUCCUGGCAUUGAGGGGAGACCCCAUAGGUGAUGAGUGGGAAGAGGACAAAUGCAGUUUCAGCUAUGCUGUGGACUUGGUGAAGCACAUCCGAGGCGAGUUUGGUGACUACUUUGACAUCUGCGUGGCAGGUUACCCCAAGGGCCACCCCGACGCAGGGAGCUUUGAGGCCGACCUGAAGUACUUGAAGGAGAAGGUGUCUGCAGGAGCCGACUUCAUCAUCACCCAGCUUUUCUUUGAGGCUGACACAUUCUUCCACUUUGUUCAGGCUUGCAGCGAGAUAGGCAUUACCUGCCCCAUCCUCCCGGGAAUCUUUCCUAUUCAGGGCUACCACUCCCUUCGGCAGCUGGUGAAGCUAUCCAAGCUGGAGGUGCCGCAGCAGAUCAAAGACGUGAUUGAGCCAAUCAAAGACAAUGAUGAUGCCAUCCGCAACUAUGGCAUUGAGCAGGCUCUGAGCCUGUGUCAGGAGCUUCUGGCAAGUGGCUUGGUGCCAGGCCUCCACUUCUACACCCUUAACCGCGAGAUGGCUACCACAGAGGUGCUGAAACGCCUGGGCAUGUGGAACGAGGACCCCAGGCGUCCUCUGCCCUGGGCUCUCAGUGCCCACCCCAAGCGCCGGGAGGAAGACGUACGUCCCAUCUUCUGGGCCUCCAGACCGAAGAGCUACAUCUACCGCACGCAGGAGUGGGACGAGUUCCCCAAUGGCCGCUGGGGCAAUUCCUCCUCACCAGCCUUCGGGGAGCUGAAGGACUACUAUCUCUUCUACCUGAAGAGCAAGUCCCCGAGGGAAGAGCUGCUGAAGAUGUGGGGGGAGGAGCUGACCAGCGAAGAAAGCGUCUUUGAGGUCUUUGCCCACUACCUCUCAGGAGAGCCGAACCAGAACGGCUGCAGAGUGACGUGCCUGCCCUGGAAUGAUGAUCCCUUGGCCGCCGAGACCAGCCUGAUGAAGGAGGAGCUGCUCCGAGUGAACCGGCAGGGCAUCCUCACCAUCAACUCCCAGCCCAACGUCAACGGGAAGCCAUCCUCUGACCCCAUCGUGGGCUGGGGUCCCAGUGGGGGCUAUGUCUUCCAGAAGGCCUACCUAGAGUUCUUCACGUCUCCUGAGACUAUGGAGGCACUUCUGCAAGUGCUGAAGAAGUACGAGCUCCGGGUUAAUUACCACAUUGUGGAUGUGAAGGGUGAAAACAUCACCAAUGCCCCCAAGCUGCAGCCCAACGCCGUCACUUGGGGCAUCUUCCCUGGGCGAGAGAUCAUCCAGCCCACGGUGGUGGAUCCCGUCAGCUUCAUGUUCUGGAAGGACGAAGCCUUUGCCCUGUGGAUUGAGCGGUGGGGCAAGCUGUACGAGGAGGAGGCCCCGUCCCGCAUGAUCAUCCAGUACAUUCAUGACAACUACUUCCUGGUCAACCUGGUGGACAACGAGUUUCCGCUGGACAGCUGCCUGUGGCAAGUGGUAGAAGAUACAUUUGAGCUUCUCAACAGGCCCACCCCAGAGAAGGAGACGGGAGCUCCGUGACCCUACACCCCGAAACCCUGAUGCCCCACCUUCCGCCUCCCCAGUCCUGGUUCUCCUGGGGAUCCCUGUUCUCCUUCGUUUCUCCCCAGCCCUGGCCUCUACUCCUCGACAUGAUGAUGGCAGCUAGAUGGGUGUGAGGCUUCCGGACUCUGGCUGGACUUGAAUUGGCCCCAGGCAGGAGCGUAGGGUUCCCCACUCAGCCUGAAGUCUUUGUUAUUCUGUGAGCACCUCCCUCCUGCAGAGGACCCUGGGAGCAGAACACCAUCCCUCCUGAGAAGGGGAGGAAACUGGCUGUUGCAGCCCCUAAGAGCCAGUCUGAGACUGCCUGUGACCUUGCACUUGGGGCCUGUGUAGGCCGAGCAAAGUGAACUCACGGUGUUUGCAGAAGAGACACAGCAAAGUGAAGGUGCACCCCCUCGACCCCUAUGACGUCGGCAGCUGGCCCUUCCUGCUUGUGAUCUUGGAGUCAGACUACUGCCUGUCCUGCCUGCUUGGCUGGACCCAGCACAGGCCCCUGGACAGUCCUUGGGCUGAAACCUAGUAAUGCACGCAUUUCUUGCCACCUUCUACCUGAGAGUUCAGCUG